UUCCUGAGACCUAAUCAAACGGAACGUUGACCACGGCAAAAAUGUGACGAUGGGGAAAUGCUUGAUACCAAAUGACGGAUUAACGUGUCGGUAAUUUUCAGUCAAUAUUUAAAAAAUAACAAAACAGAAGAGAAGUAUGGUAAAGAAGAUGCUAAAGGUACGUCAGGAAUUGAGCGCGAGAACGUUGAUCGCUCUCAGAUGCUGAUGAUGGUCGCGCGACCUGCGUGAUUUCCUCCUGCUGUGGGCCUAUAUUCAUCGAGCACUCCACAGUAACACUGAAAGAUGCGAUUAGACUACCAAAACGAGUGGAAUGAUUUGAAGCCAGAAGUUAUAACGUCAGCAGGAAUGACAUAAUGCUUUCGACCGGUCCGCUAGCUCAACACUGGAGUGGAUUCAUUGGCUCAGCUGAAUGAUGGAUACAGAGAAUAAAUGAGCUUCCUGGUUUUGCAUCACCAUAUCUGAGUUCCAGCCAACCUGACAGAAUGAUUGAGGAGGGAAGUAAAAGCAGCAAGUCCAUGGUGGAGAAAAGACAGCUCUUCAUGGAGAUGAGGGCACAAAACUUUGAUGUGAUUCGUCUUUCAACAUACAGGACGGCAUGCAAGCUACGAUUUGUGCAGAAAAGAUGCAACCUUCACCUGGUGGAUGUGUGGAACAUGAUUGAAGCCUUUCGUGACAAUGGGCUGAGCACGUUAGACCUCAACACCGAGAUUAAUGUGUCACGCCUGGAGACCAUUUUGUCCUCCAUCUUCUACCAGCUCAACAAGCGGCUGCCCACCACUCACCAAAUAAAUGUGGAGCAGUCCAUCGGCCUGCUGCUAAACUUCAUCGUGGCCACUUAUGACAGUGAAGGCCAUGGGAAACUCACCGUGUUUGCUAUGAAGGCCAUGCUAGCUACUAUGUGUGGUGGAAAAAUACAGGACAAAUUACGUUAUAUAUUUUCCCAGAUAUCAGACUCCAAUGGGGUGAUGGUCUUUGCCAAGUUUGACCAGUUCCUGAGGGAGGUGCUGAAGCUCCCCACGGCAGUGUUCGAGGGCCCUUCAUUUGGCUACACUGAACACUCUGUGAGAACAUGCUUCCCUCAGCAGAAGAAGAUCUUGCUGAAUAUAUUUUUGGAUGUGUUGAUGGCAGAUCCGCCCCCGCAGUACCUCGUAUGGUUACCUCUCAUGCACCGACUCGCUAAUGUAGAGAAUGUCUUCCAUCCAGUGGAAUGUUCGUACUGCCGGAGCGAGAGCAUGAUGGGUUUCCGGUACCGCUGCCAGCAGUGCCAUGGCUACCAGCUUUGCCAAAGCUGCUUCUGGCGUGGUCAUGCUAGCGGUCCCCAUAGCAACCAGCACCAGAUGAAGGAACACUCCUCAUGGAAGUCUCCAGCAAAGAAGCUAAGCCAUGCCAUCAGUAAGUCUCUGGGCUGUAUGCCGAUAGGAGAGCCCCCUCACCCUGUUUUCCCAGAGGCCGCUGAAAGACAUCAAGACCUUGCACACACUACUCAGCAGAGGACAGUAGCCAACAACAUGAAUGAUACCAUAGUCAUUUCCUCUGGCACGGCCACACCUUCAAAAAGCACUCUUGAGAGUCCCAGCAGACUGGAUGAAGAGCAUCGUCUUAUCGCUCGAUAUGCUGCUCGUCUGGCGGCAGAAGCAAGCAACUCCACUCAAUGCCCUCCAACAGAUCUGAGUUUCAACUUUGAUGCUAAUAAGCAACAGAGGCAGCUCAUCGCAGAGUUAGAAAACAAAAAUAGGGAAAUACUGCAGGAAAUCCAGCGUCUACGUCUAGAGCAUGAGCAGGCUUCUCAACCCACCCCAGAGAAAGCCCAGCAGAACCCCACUUUGCUGGCUGAACUACGACUGCUACGGCACAGAAAGGAUGAGCUGGAGAGGCGUAUGUCAGCACUUCAAGAGAGCAGGAGAGAACUGAUGGUACAACUUGAAGGUCUAAUGAGGCUACUUAAGGAUGAAGAGCAGAAACAGGCAACUCAGACGGGGGGUUCGCCCCACUCCUCUCCCAGCCACAGUGCCAGUUGCACCAUGCCUAUGCCCAUCCGCUCCACCUCGGCCGGCUCAACCCCCACACACACGCCGCAGGACUGCCUGGCAGGGGUUGGAGAUGAUGUGCUGGAUGCCUUCUCUCAGGGUGUACCAAGAAAUCUCCGUAAUGAUCUUUUGGUGGCUGCAGACUCCAUCACAAAUACGAUGUCUUCACUUGUGAAAGAACUUCACUCAGUGGAUGACAGGCUGGAUGAAGAGGAGGAGAACAUGCGAAAUGGAAGAGAGAAGGUGUCAUCAUUGAAGCAUCCUGGGAAAAGGCACUUCACUCCUUCAUUCUAGACACCUGGAUGUGACUGGAUGGAACCAGCAACAUCAGAACGUCCGUUCUGGCAUUAGCACAUAGACCAAUGCAUGCUCUUCCCCAACUGGGUUUCACUAUGUGAAACUAACUCUUCAUCACACCUUGCACAGGGCAAGAUGUAUUUAUUAGGAAGUAUAUAUAUGUAUGUAUGUAUGUAUGUAUGUAUGGAUGGAUGUAUGGAUGUAUGUACAGCCGUGGCCAAAAGUUUGGCAGUGACAUAAAUUUAGAUUUUUGCCAAUUUUGCUGCUUCAGUAUUUGUAGAGUUUAUUUUUUCUCACAUGAUUCUAUGGUAUACUGGAAAAUAAUGAUAAGCAUUUCAUAAGUUUUAAAGGCUUUUAUUGGCAAAAACGGUCCUGGCGCUUGCUGGACAUAUGCAGUAAUUUCAUUGCAUUUUGAUGCAAAGCGAUGAUGGCUGCAUGUCUUUCUUUAGAGGUAACCAUUGCUCACAAGAACACAUUGAUUGGAAGCACUUCUUCCCUCCUUUUAUAGCAAUCAGUCUGCUCUUAUAAUCCAAUCAGAAUGAUAGAUUGAUUUCACCUGACUAGUACUCGUUCACACUUUCCCAGGUGCUGCUGAUAUGAUUAGUGAAAUGAUGUUAGCUGGUCAUUUUGUGCCAGGGCCAAAAAACUGUGAAUUUUUUGUGAUAAAGUUUUUUUGGCCAAUUAAGCUUUUUGCAAUUAUUUAAAAUGCAUCUGAUCACUCUGCACAAUAAUCUAGAAACAAUGUGAAUCAACACCCCAACAACUGAAGCAGAAAACUUUGAGAAACACAAAAUGUAUGUCACUGCCAGUACUUUUGGCCAUGGCUGUGCAUAUAUAUGUCUAUCUGUAUAAAUCCAUUGUUAAUAUGUUAAUCAUGACCUUAAGAGAAUGGCUUGUUUGUGCUUUCUUAUAAAAAAAAAAAAAACGUUAUGAAUCAGCGAAUUGCUAUUCUCAAAAAUCAUCUUUCAUGACGUCACUGGGAACAUCAAGUUGAUCUAUGCUGUAGCUAUUUUUCACAGAUGUUUACUACACAGGAAGCUUUUUUGUAUGACUAGUGAUGAUUAUUUGUGUUUGAGUUUUAAUGCAUGGAGUGGCUCUUCUGGUUAAGCCGGGUGCACACUGUGACAUUUUAUUUUUGUAUAUCCAUUCUGAUUUUUGCUUGUUACAUUGUACGGUUGUUUAAGGCAGCGUGUACAAUAUACAUUUUGGGACAAUGAACCCAAUUAAAAGCAUUGAAUAAUGAUCAACCGUGUCACAUUUAGACAUCUUCAUUGAUAUGCAAAAUUGGAAAAGUACAGCAAACAAGCAUAAGACACUAAAUCUUUAUUUGUCGGCCAUCGUAAAACAUCACAAAGCAGUCAUAGUGCGGUUGCGUCGAAAGCACCUGUAUGUGCUUGUGGUCAAAAGAAUGCUCAACUGUGUGUGAGACGUAAUGGCUCGCAGAAAAAUUCAUUACACCCUAGCCUUUAGCCAUUUCGAUCCUCGGCCGAGUCCACGCUUUGGUGAUGUAAUGCAACAUGGAUGUGCGAUGUGAAGUCCAAAUCAGUCCAAAUAAGCAAGUCCAUAUCAAGUGUGCCAUAUGGGACAGGCCCAAAGUCUUCUGAUUUUUGCCCUAUGACACAAAAUCUUUUUUUCAAAUUCCAAAAUGUGCUAAUUUUGCAAAAUUGUGGACAGACUCGUAGUGUGCACCGGGCUUUAGGUGGAGAAGGCUUGUAUUUGCUCUGCAUGUGAAGUUAAUUUUGACCGACAUUAGUGAUGCUUGCCUCGUCCUCUCAUCAUCUAGCAUCAUCCUUUAAACUGCUGCUUCUUCUGCACUACAUGCAUCGGAAUCACCAUAUAUCAGGGAUGUCUUGUAGAGCUCGCUGUUUGUCUGAGAUUUCUGCUGCUGUGUUACUGUACGUUUAGCUCGUCAUUGUGAAUGUUGUUUUAGAGCUUUAGUAUUGCCUCUUAGUUAGAUUAUUGCAUUUGUGUCUAUAAAGUUCACAAUCUCCAAGGGACUUAGGGAAUGUGAAUAUACUGUACAGUAACCCCAAAAUGUAUCUGAACGUUUAAAGUAAUAGUUCACACAAAAAUGAAAAUUCUCUCAUCAUUUACUCAUCCUCGUGCCAUCCCAGAUGUGAAUGACUUUCUCCUGCUGCAGAAAACAAACAAAGAAUAUUUCAGUUCUGUGGGUCCUUUUAAUGCAUGUAAAUGGUGUCCGGCUCCAAAAAGCACAUAAAGGCAGCAUUAGAGUAAUCCAUAUGUCUGUAGUGGUUAAAUCUAUGUCUUCAGAAGCGAUAUGAUAGGUGUGGGUGAAAAACAGAUCAAUAUUUCACUACUUUUUUACUAUAAAUCUCUACUUUCACUUUCAGAAUGUAAUGGGAUUUAUAAAAAAGGGCUUAUAUAUUGAUUUGUUUCUCACCCACACCUAUCAUAUCUCUUCUGAAGACAAGGAUUAAACCACUGGAGUCUUAUGGAUUACUUUUAUGAUGCCUUUAUGUGAUUUUAGGAGCUUAAAAUGUCUGGUCACCAUUAACUGACAUUGUAUGGACAUACAGAGCUGAAAUAUUCUUCUAAAGUAUUGUCGUUUUCAUUCAUCAGAAGAAAGAAAGUCAUACACAUAUGGGAUGGCAUGAGGGUGAGUAAAUGAUGAGAGAAUUUUUGUUUGUGGGUGAACUAUCCCUUUAAGUGCCUAAAUACUUUUUGGGGCCACUGUGUGUAUACCAUAUAUAAGUAAAUCAGUUUAGCCAGCAAUCUUUAAGUGCACACGUCUUUUUUGAGCUUUAUUGAGUUAACAGUUAUCAUGUAUACUUGUGUGAAAUAAAUGAAACCAGUGCUCAGGGACUGUUGAGAGAGGGGGAAUGCAGUAGCAACACUUUUGAACAGAUGGGUGGAAUUUACAUUAAUUUCACUGAGGUAUGUCAAAGAUUAGCACAGUCCAUUAAACUUUUUAAUGGAAGUACUGGAAUGGCUAAGGGUGGUUAACAGAAUUGGUAUUGUGCAUCAGACAUAGAAAUGCAUUGUUAGGAAGAGGACAACCUUUCAGGGGCUUAAUAUAUUACUGUUGGGUUGAUGUAUGAGAUUAGAUUCUUAAACUUUACUGUUGCGAGGAAGGCGGUUAUACUUGCAGUACUUGAAUCAGAAGGAAUUCAGGUUCAAUAAUUUUAUCUAAUUGUUAAAAUAGUUUUAAUUGUAAUUUGUUCUUUGUCAGUUUGGUUUCGAAUAAGAAAUAACAAUAAAUGCCAUUAUAACAAAAUAUUUUUGAUUAUGACUGCAGACAUUUAAAAUAGAUAAUUCCAUUGAGCGACCUGUUUUGAAAUUUGGUCAAUUCUCUCUUUGUGGGUACUAUAGAUGGAUAAUCGGCAAUUUUGGAUAAUAGUUGUAUUACUUUGUUAUUAAACUGUUUAUUACAUGGUUUAAAAGCUUAUUAUACUGUAUAAGGAGGUCUCUUGAAUGGUUAAAAUAUAAACGGUAAGGUCUCAUUCAACGUUUUAUAAUGGAUAACAAAGUGUCGCUUCUGUUAUAGUGUUUGCAGUUGUAUAUUUGCUUUUUCAAAUCACUUUUGUCUUUUUAAUGCUUGUUCUAUGUUUCAAAAAGGUAUCAAAGAUUGUUUGGAAAUGCAUCAUCAUCGUUUAAAGUUGAAAACAUGCAUAGAGAGCCUUGAAAUGACAGUACAAGCAUAACCAAUUUUGUCACUGAAUGACAUUGGACAAACCAGUUCAUUUACUCUUAGAAUGUUUGAUUAUGCUCCAACAUUUGCUACAAAUAUGAAUGCAACCUGAUGUACUGUAGGUGUGUGCCUAGAUAUACUGUAUAAAGUGCUGUAUAAAUAAAAUAUCCUACACAUGUGCAAGUCAGCAAUUAGAUAAGAGUUUUAGUCUGUGACUUAGUCGGAAUGCAUCAUUAUUUACCUGUGAAUUUAACUGUUUGCUGACCUGUAGUGCGUCUUUUAGGCCUUUGUCCUGUGUAUUUGUCUGUGUUAAACCACAAUUUGUUGAUUAUGAAUUUGCAGAAGCAGUCCACUGAGGGUAACUAAUAACAGGUCUCUUAAAUGUUUGAAACACAAUACAGUUUAGGUGGAAGUAACCCGGCUUGAAAUAAAUAUCAAGCGUCAUUGCAAAUGUAUACAGAUGGACUUUUGACUGAGGACCGCCUGUAAGUUAUACAAAAUUAUACUUUUAAAAACUAAAAUGCAUAACAUUGGGUUUUCAUUUAGGCAACUCAUUGUUUUACAAAAAACAAAACUAUCAAAUGAAGUUACAAACACUCUUUAAUUCAUAAUUAUUACAUUUUAUUUCAUGGUUUUGCUGCUGUAUACAGUUAUUAAUUGCAAUGGUUUACUUAAAUAUUUCAGUUUAUGUCACCCCUAUGUCUUUUUUGUAAACUAUU